AUGCUCUUCACUUGGAACUGGAAAAAUACCUGUGUUGUGUUCAAAUGGUGGCACAUAAGAACAUUGCCCGGUUUUGUUUUCUCGGUGCUUGCUGUGAUUCUAUUCACUGCUGGCUACGAAUUGCUCAAGUCUUGGGUUAACAGAUGGCAGUUGGGCUAUGUCAAUGUGUUGUCUGGUGCAUCUGCUUCCAGCUCUGAGGUUGCUAUUAGAAGAUACAAGUUCAAGAGGUCGUUGUUCUACGGAUUACAAGUCGGCUAUUCUUUCUUGUUGAUGUUGGUGUUCAUGACUUACAAUGGUUGGCUCAUGAUCGCUGUCGCAGUAGGUGCAGCUUUGGGCAACUACUUGUGGGGCUCUCUGUCGCCUGAUUCAAAUGUCACAAGAGACAUGUCCUGUCAUUAG